AAGGUGGACGCUUCUUUUCGUGAAAAAUUACUGAACAUUAUAUCCUCGUGUAUGUUUCAUGGCUACUAGUGAAGGCCCUCUAGUACAUGAUUCGGCUUUAUCAACAUACAUUCAAAUACCGGACCUAUUUCAUAAUUGGCAGUCUAUUCCGCAUCGGCAGCACACCAGUUCGCGUUGGACGGCACUGUCAUCAAAUGAAGGUUACAUACUGACGCUUGGUUUUAGGUUGCCCGCGUGGUAAUGAAUGAACACUCUAUGGUUGAUAUAAUCAAAAUGAUUACCGUCCCUCAUUUUCUAAUAAAUGUCUUUGAACGUGGUUUUCGCUCACAAGUUACUUAAAACCAACGCAAGAAGGGGAGGAGGAAUGUCGGAUUCUAUUUUUUUGCUUUGAUUUCGUUUACUGCGGGUGAACCAAAACAAUGUUUGCGGAUCAGAUGAGAAACGUACAGCCAGGCGACACCGCGACGUGCGAAACGCCUUCAAAAAUUCGUGUUUUAUCCCCGAGUAACGAAUCCAUAGAUAUCCGCGACUACUUGUCUCCUAAGGCGCACACCGAUCGCAAGCAACAGUAUCUUCAUCCUAAAUUCUAAUUCAUAAAGUUUCUAUUUUCUACAGAAUUUAUUAUAGCCGUACUAGUUGAUCUCGUUCUCGAUUUGAAACCCGUGAUAUGCGUUCGCAAAUAGCAGCCGUUGCUUGCUUAGUUUGAGACAAUGUUAUCGCCACGAGUUGACAGAGUCAAGGUUUUCAUCUGCUUACUAUUUGUUGUUUGUUGUAGCUUUCGCGGAUCCGCAUAGACAGCAUCAGCCUAAUUGUUGAUAGGUAGAGUAGCUGGCACCGUGGAACUAAGCAGGCAGUAGCAAAUUAUUUUCUUCGCAUCAAAAAACUCUUUUUCACUGCAACAAAAUUAUGAUCAUGCUUCUUCAGCCCGGGCGCUGCACCACAAGCAGAUUGGGGAGUGACGCCAGAGGCUUCUCCGAACUACACUGUUAUGCAUGGCUUCCGUCUUGGAGAAACAAAGAUGCCGUCAGCGUCACCGGGUGAACAGCAGUUAAGAUUCGUUGAUGCGAUGAGUUAAUAUUGGGGAAGUAUGACGGACGCUUGAUGAACAUUUUAGCAGUAAUUGUCGCGGAUGGAAAAGAUGAAAAGUCUUCAUUUGAAUCUGCGUUGAUGCGGUGUCGAGUCAGCACGUCUAAGUUUUUGGCUGUCUGCUCUAUUAGCUGAACAGAAUGCGGUGUAAAUCUUUUCUUUGCUGCAAAACUGGAAAAACUAUUUAAACGUUUUUUAUGCAUAAUCAAAUUAUAUUAGGUACGAUAGAAAGAGCAGUGCCAUCAUCACAAAAAGUCGUUAUUCUAAAGCUGUUCCCGGCUUUUGCGACGCCGAUGUACAGUGCUGAUUCGCCAACUCACACGAUGCAACUGCCUCUACCUGAGUCCUUGUCACCGCUUCCGCAGGUGGAGCCGCUUCCGAAGCUGACGUCGCUCCACCCGAUGACCCCAAUGCCGCAGCUAACGCCGAUGCAGGGUAUGCCGCAGGGGAUGACGCCCCACAUUCUGCCGAUGGAGCAUCUAAACUUGAAUCAGCAACUGUCGUUUCAGCAUCAGCAAAUGGAAACCCCGAUGCAGCAGAUGAAUUCUUCGGUGUCGCAGCUGAAUUCUAACAAGUUGAACACACUGCAACAACAGGUGCAGAUGACUCCGAUGCAACAACAACUCACACCAAUGAUGCAGCAACAACUGACACCAAUGAUGCAACAGCAGCAAAUGGCAGGAAUGCAACAUAUGCAACCUCAGAUGGAGCCUCAAAUGCAGGGUUUGCCGAGUGAGCUUCCUUUGCAACCGCAUUGCAUGACGCCCAUGCCCCAGAUUUCACCCAUGCAGCAGCUCACCCCUCAUUCUUCCGACCCGCAGAUGAACCAACUGAACCCGCCGAACGGGUCAGGAGGUCAACAUAUGAUGACGCAGCCGCACAACGGGUCCUACUCAUCUAACAUGCAAACAAUGGGCAUGUCUUCGGUGCAGCAAAUGACCCCGCUGCAGCUAACGAGUGGGUCUAUGCAACAGCUGACGAGCUCUAUGCAAUCUCUCACGCCGAUGCAACCACUGACGAGUUCCAUGCAGCAGCUGACCAAUUCGAUGCAACAGAUGACUCCACUGCCGCAGGCUGCUACACCGCUACACGAAACCAGCUCGUUCCCGCACUCACUGACGCCCCUGCAGCAACUUCCUUCUACGCUGCCGUCUUCCGCGCAGAACACGCCCAUGCAGUUUCCACCCCUGAAUGCAGCACGAACGAGCGUUACCUCUUUGCUAGCAACACUUAGGAGGCGGCUCUUAUCUUUUUUUGCUCUGAAAGUAGAAGGACUUUGUUGUAGCUCGUGUGGCACUUAUUUUAUUUUCAUCGAAGAAGGCAAAAUUACAUCCGAUAACAUUUUUAGAUCAGCCAUGACGAGAUCAGCAGAGGGGGUACAUUUGUGACCGCUUCUAACUCAGCGGGACAAAACAUGCAGUCAACGCCAGCUCGCGAUUUCAACCAGAGUCUGCUGAAUAUCGGCCAAAACGCACCACAAAAUUCUGCAGGUACGAGUCUCCUAUGCCCGUCAGACUACCUUACAAUUCUGAGAUUGCUCAGGCACUUGAGUGUAAUGCCCAGCUAACUUCGGCAUUAUUGGCGAAGUGCACAGUAAUUUUUUUUAGAAUCUCUGUGCAUGAUUCACAACAGAUCAGCAAUCCCAACUGGCGCAGCAGCCGCAGCUCGCGUUGCAGGCCGCGAUGGGAAGUCCUGCGCCCCAGGGACAACGCCGGGUGUCUUUGCAGGAGAGCGAAAUCUGCGGGCAGCAAAUGAACUUCAGUGUGCUGAUUAAGAAUCCUUUUACAUUCAGAGGCGGGUUUUGAUAAAGAUGACAAGAUUACUCGCUGUAUUUUUUUCUAGUGUUGCAUUCUUGUCUUCUUUUUCUAAUGUGAGCGUGAACACGUUGCCCGAACAGCCGUCGCAAAUGACGUUGCAAGCAACUGGCAUGAGUCCGGUCCCACAGCACGCGCGGCGCAUAUCUCUGCAGGAAAGUGAUAUUCAAGAGCCAACCAUGAACUUCAGCUUCCUGAAUAUGCUGUCUUUUCCGCAACAGCAAUUGGGUGGACAGUCUGGUAAUGGAGGCAGAGACGCAGGCAGCCCGGAGCAACCGAACGCUCGUCGCGUGUCCUUGCAGGAGAGCGACAUUCACGGCCAGUCCAUGAGUCUCAGCGUCCUCAGUCAGCAACAUGAGUACUUCGCUAUGCCAGCACCAAACGCGUCUAACAACGCGGUCGAGCAGCAGCAAACGACCAACAACCCACAGCAACUUCCCAUGACGACAAACGGAAAUGGCAGUGUCGCCCAACAGCCGAGGACGGAAAUCAAUAUUCAGUCUAGUGCACCCACAGCCGGAAACGGAUCUCUAAAUACUACCUCAAAUGCGCCUGGAGGAGCCGCUAGUUCCCCUGGAGCAGCAGAUGCGCCGCCGGCGCGCGCAUCUUGCUACGUAGAAGACCCAGUCUAUUGGAACAUGCAUCAGGCACAGCAGGCUUGGACUGGGGCUUCAGGUGAAGAGAGAGAUAUUUACCACGGCACGGAGUUGUGGAACCAAAGGCAUCAGUCUCAAGGAGGUACUACUUAGAACUUGAUGCAUGACGAGGAUGCGCUAUCUCGAUGUAGCACAACAUCAAGAGGUAGAAGAUGAUAACUAGCACCUCUCCUACUUGUCCAUACGUCUCUGCCCUUUUUUUAGAUGUGGUAUUCCUGUAUCAAAAUUUGUUCAAAUUCUUAGAUACCACGGUGAAUUUGACUCAGCGCGAAGCUGCGGGUCGGCACCAGCUUGUAGACCACCAGCAACCGGCGACUCACCAGCAUCAGACAGUUCAGGCGCAACAUGCACAGCAUAUGGGUCAGCAACAACAACUAGGCUACCAGCAAGAGCAUGCUUCGAAUCAGCAGCAGCAGCAGCAGGGCCAACGCCAGCAUGUGCAUCAGCACCAAACCAGCAGCCACCAUAACCAUCAAACGCAGAGACAAGAGCAUCACGGGAGUUACCAAGAUGUGUCAAAUCAAGGUGCGAACGGCGCGAGCAUGCCUCAGGACGACGCAUGGGGCACGGCAGCUUGGGAGGCGCUUGAGCACGCUUACAAUGUUCAUGUCUCAAACGGAAACGUACCCAACGCGAGAGGCUACACCGCUUCUACCACAACAGAACCCACAAGUACAACAUCAACAAAACCCAAGAAGUACAGCAAUGCCGCUCCAGGCUUUCAGAAUUACGUCCAAGUAGUCCCCAAUAAUUUGAUGCUCUUCGUUUUUUUCAUCUUUCUUGAACCAUUGAUUAUCGUUUUGUUGAUGCUUCAAGUCUGAUCAUGUUUCGUCUUGAUUUUCAUGAAAUAGUAGGCUUCGUGGUAUCUCAAGUGAGUCUUUUUGUCUAAGUCACCACGCGUAGUUUAACCUCGUCGACCGUUGAGAAAAGCGCGAAGGGUAAGACAGCUGGGAAAAAGGGGACUGCCAGUAAGGAUUACGGAGCGGCAGAAGCAGGCCAAGCUGGAGCCGCUGCGACACGCAAUCGCAGCUACAAUGGCAACAACAAUAAUAAUCCGUAUGGCAGCAGCGGCACCGCAGCUAACUGGUCGCAUAGUCAUACCAAAGGGGCACACAACUCUAUCACGGGCAGCAAGGGUGGACAACAAAGAUAUGCAACUCAUCACCAGCCGCACACUGCUAGUUAUCAUGUGACCAGCGGCUCGGCCGCAGCUGCAGCUGCCACAUCAGGCAGCAAUUCCGCUGAGCACACGGCAGAACCGGAGUGGCCAUUCGCGGAUGAUCAGGGCUACGGUGGAUACCACGAGUGGGGCGAUCGCACGCACAGUAGCGCCUACAAUGCGAGCGCCGCCCAUUACAGCAAUUACGAACAUUAUGAAUGAUAACAUAUUUUCUGUGAGGCGAAAGGUUGCGGACCAGAGAUUUGUAAUGAUAAGUGAUUUUUGAUUGUAUUUCAUCUACUGCACAGUCGAGAACAAAGGAAUUUGUGGCAGCCAUAGACAUUCCGUGCAGAAGUACUUUCAGAUGAUUGGACUUAUUAGCGGCAGGUCCAACAAAGAGUCCUUCCUUCAUCUUUUUCUAAGCGCAACAAACUACUGCAACUGCCGCAACGAAUUCGUGGGGAGAACAAGCGCAAGGGAGCAACACCUCUGGGUACAGUCAACAGUACUACAGCACUGGCGGAGCGACGAGUCAUGAAACUCCGUAUGUUCACUACGAGCCGCGCGACGCUACAUCAUGGGCGGCUAUUCGUGCCGACUUAGAGCGAAUGUACGCAUCUAAUUCCCUCAGCACAAACUCAGCUAAGGCCUACCUCCAGGGCCUCAUGAAAACGAUGGACAAGCGACAGCCACAAGUACUAUCCUGCGGCAAUACAAGAGAGUCAUGAUUCUUUUGACAAGAGAUUCCUGCAUAGUUUGAGUAAGGUGAUAUCGUCUUUUCUUCUCGACCAGAUAUUAUGUUACGUUUUGAUGGACUUUCCUUAGACUAGCUUCUAGAGCCUUUAUCCAAAUCAAACAAAAAUUGUCCACCAGGUAUGCCGCGUUCUUUUCGGAAAAUUGCUCGAGGCAAUCCGCUACAUGCAAGCAGUCGACCGAAGCAGACGUAUCUAUUCCAUAUUUCUGAAGUCUUGCUCUGUUGAGUCUGCUUUUGUCCUGAUUUUUUGUCUAUCGAUCUGGAAAAUAUUCCUCCACGUGGCGACCACGAGGAAAAGUGUGCACUUGAAGGUCCUGAGUGCUAUCUACAUCUUUUGCUUUCUCAAAAAAAAUCCUUCCAGCCCGACGUCUUCCGCCAAUAAGCGCACCGGUUCACCUCACGCUUUUGGUGAGGUGCUUUGAAUCCUACAUUUACGGAAUCGGAGGUGCUUCGAAGCUUGACACUUCCCAGGAUCCGCCGUGGAUCAGGUAAAUUUGGAAAUCCGCGUAAUGCACUUGGUUUUGAUGAUCGUGGUCCCGGUUAUUUUUACUCUCUCACUGCGCCUUCUACCGCAAGCAGCUGUUGAUGGAAAUUUUGAGAAGCUAAAACGAAGAUGUCAAAACUUGUUUUGUACUAACACUGGUCCUGUAGUUUCGGAAACCGUAAUCAUCUUGUUGUACUCCGGUUUUUCGAACCACUCCAGCCAAAUCUAUGAGCUUUACCGUAAUCUGUUGGUGAAAAAUUCACAUGCGACUGCCGCAAUGCUGAAGGCCUGGGGACUGGUGGGAAAUUUGCGUCAGUGCUCAAUUUUCAUAGACCAAUACCGAGCUUUGGAGAAAUCGCAGAAAAACGAGAUUUACGCCUUCCUAAUUUACCAGAGCGCACUCGAUGCUGCCCUACGCCACAACAGUCAACCAUUAGAGAAGAAAAUCAGGUAUUAUUGCUAUUAUGAUAAUAGAGAAAAUGCUUCUUUGGUGUUCACGACAUUGAGUAAUAGUUACUCCAUCCCUCUUUAGUGUUACUCCAUACUUCUGUCACUUUAUCAGGCAUUACAUUUUUACGGAUAAAAUCGAGGGUGUGGACGAGUAUUGGAAUCGCAUGGUUAAGGUGGACCCGUCGGUGCCACCGCAAGUGAGCCAUCCCCACCUCUACACGGAUGGAGCCAUUGAUUAAGGCCUGAUGUUGUGCUGAAAAUCCAUCGUCGAAAAUAUGUAAGUGUAGUAUCAUCUCAGUAGUAUUGCCUGAAGAUUCUGAAGAGUAGCCCAUUCAGCGAAGAUUCUUUACAACAUGUUGCUGGGAAAAGAUUCGUCUUCGGACACGUGCAAGGAAGAUGCACUUGCAAAUAAGGAUGGACUUUUGGAAAGUCUUUAAAAUCUGCAAGCCGUUUAA